UUUCUCUCUCUAUAAACCCCUCCCUCUCUCCGAAUUGUUGAUGACUUAAUCGUACUUCACGAUUGAUCUCUCUCCCUCGCUUCACCACUUGGCUAGUAAUAUCAUCAAGAUAUUCUUCAUGAUUUGAUCACACUUUGUCACGAUUAAAUUCUCUCUCUCUCUCUCUCUUCCUUCACCGCUUGGCAAGUAACAUCGUCUCUCGAUUGAAGACUUAUAAUAUAUAGAAAUCGAACUCUGUUUCUCUACUCUCCCUCCCCCAUGAAUUAGGAUCCGGUAGAAUGGAUUGAGAAAUUCUCUCUCUCUGCAAUUUCAGAGGUUUACUGUGGUCGCCAUGGCAAGAAGCUUGAAAAGUUCACAACUUCUCCUCUUUGUGUUUCUUCUCCACCUCUUAUCUGUUACCUGGUCAUGGAAGAAAGAGGAGUUCAGGAACUGUAACCAAACCCCUUUUUGCAAGCAAUCCAGGUCAAGAAAACCGGGCUCCUGCUCUUUCAUCGCCUCUGAACCUGUAAUCGAAAAUGGCGAACUUGUGGCCAAGCUCAUUGCCAAACCUCUGCAAAACCAAGAAGAAGAACCAGAGAAACUUGAGCCCCUGAUCCUUAGAAUAUCUGUCUACCAUGGAGGAAUCCUUCGUUUCAAGAUCGAUGAAAGCCCUGAUUCCCCUGUUACCAAGAAGCGAUUUGAGGUUCCUGAUGUGUUGAUGAAGGACCUCGAUGAGAAGAAGCUAUGGCUUCAAAGGAUAUCAAGUCCAGAGAAUGGGAAGGGAUCAGUUUUGUACCUCUCUCCUGGUUAUGAAGCAGUCCUCCAGUUUGACCCAUUCGAGAUCUAUAUUCGAAAAGGUAAUGACCCAAACGCCAUUAUUUCUUUUAAUUCUAAUGGGCUCUUCAAUUUUGAGCAAUUGCAGAAUAAGAGAGAAGGUGACGAUUGGGAAGAGAGGUUCCGAUCCCACACUGAUUCUCGUCCUUUUGGACCUCAGUCAAUAAGCUUUGACAUCUCAUUUCACAAAGCAAAUAAUGUAUAUGGAAUACCUGAGCAUGCUACUAGUUUAGCUCUAGCACCAACAAAAGGACCAGGAAUUGAAUCUGAACCUUAUCGUCUCUUCAAUUUAGAUGUUUUCGAGUAUAUAUCUGAGUCCCCAUUUGGUCUAUAUGGUUCUAUUCCGGUUAUGAUUUCUCAUAAUUCAGAGCGGACCACUGGUUUCUUUUGGUUAAAUGCUGCCGAAAUGCAAAUUGACGUAUUGGGUCAUGGUUGGAAUGCUAUUGAUGGAAUUGCCCCUCAACAUGAGGCCAUCGACACACAUUGGAUGGCUGAGGCAGGGGUAUUAGAUGCUUUUUUCUUUCUUGGUCCAACUCCGAAGGAUGUAAUUGGGCAAUACACAAAAGUUACAGGUACUUCAGCGAUGCCCCAAUACUUUGCAACUGCAUAUCACCAGUGUAGGUGGAAUUACAGAGAUGAGGAAGAUGUAGCUGAAGUUGAUGCUAAAUUUGAUGAACAUGAUAUUCCAUAUGAUGUUUUAUGGCUUGAUAUUGAGCACACUGAUGGUAAGAGGUAUUUCACUUGGGAUAAGCUCUUAUUCCCGAACCCUACGGAAAUGCAGAAUAAGCUUAUGGCGAAGGGGAGACACAUGGUUACCAUUGUGGAUCCUCAUAUUAAGAGAGAUGAUGGUUUUGCACUUCACAAAGAGGCUGCAAAGUUGGGGUACUAUGUGAAGGAUUAUAGUGGAAAGGAUUAUGAUGGGUGGUGUUGGCCUGGAUCCUCAUCGUACUUGGACAUGUUGAAUCCUGAGAUUAGGUCAUGGUGGGCUGAGAAAUUCUCUUUGGAAAAUUAUGUGGGUUCGACUCGCUCGUUGUAUAUAUGGAAUGACAUGAAUGAGCCUUCUGUGUUUAAUGGUCCUGAGGUUACCAUGCCAAGAGAUGCGAUUCACUUUGGAGGUGCAGAGCACCGAGAAGUGCAUAAUGCCUAUGGAUACUACUUUCAUAUGGCUACAGCUGAAGGACUUUUAAAGAGAGGAGGUGGAAAUGACAGGCCAUUUGUAUUAUCACGAGCAUUCUUUCCGGGAAGUCAAAGGGUUGGAGCAAUUUGGACUGGAGAUAAUUCUGCAGAUUGGGAUCAUCUUAGAGUUACGAUCCCAAUGGUUUUGACUCUUGGGCUUACUGGCAUCUCUUUUUCAGGUGCUGAUGUUGGUGGGUUCUUUGGUAACCCUGAGCCUGAGUUGUUAGUUCGGUGGUAUCAGUUAGGGGCCUAUUAUCCGUUCUUUAGGGGUCAUGCCCAUCAUGAUACCAGGAGACGAGAACCUUGGUUGUUUGGAGAGAAGAAUACUGCCCUCAUCAGAGAGGCCAUACACAUUCGUUAUGCACUGCUGCCAUAUUAUUACACAUUAUUCAGAGAAGCCAGUGUCAGUGGUGUACCCGUUAUGCGCCCAUUGUGGAUCGAAUUUCCUGCAGAUGAAGCGACAUUUAACAAUGACGAGGCAUUCAUGGUCGGGAACAGUCUAUUAGUACAGGGAAUAUAUACUGAGGGGGCUAGAUCGACUAUUGUUUAUUUGCCACGGGGACAAACCUGGUAUGAUAUGAGAAGUGGGGAUGCUUAUUCAGGAGGCAAGAACUAUACACUGGAAGUCUCUAUGGAGAGCAUACCUAGUUUUCAGAAGGGUGGCACCGUUAUACCAAGGAAAGAUAGGUUUCGUCGAAGCUCUACCCAAACGAUGGAUGAUCCUUUCUCUCUGGUUAUUGCUCUGAACAGUUCCAUGGAGGCAGAGGGCGAGCUCUAUAUGGAUGAUGGCAAAAGCUACGAUUAUGAACAAGGAGCAUACAUCCAUCGCCACUUUGUGUUUUCAAAAGGCAUUCUGACCUCUUCAAGCAUGAGGUCCACUAAAACUAGCAAGAAGACUUUGUCUUCAAACUCAGUUAUUGAAAGAGUCAUAGUUCUUGGGCUUUCAUCUUCGGCCAAGAGUGCUCUUAUUGAGCCAGCAAAACAUACAACCGAGGUUGAACCUGGGCCACUCACUCUUCGAAAAGGUUCGAGCGCCGUUGGAGUUACUAUCCGCAAGCCCAAUGUUAGAAUUGAUGAGGAUUGGGCGAUUAAGCUUGUUUAGAGACUAUGUUCAUAAAUUUUUGGUGAUUUUAUUUUUCAUGAUCACCAAUGUAGAAAAUUUGGUUCCUCAUUUACUGAAUUUUGGUCAGUUAUCGAAGGGUAUGUAGUGGCGAAUGUUCCAUUUUGAAUGGGAUUUAACUAGUUUCAUGGUUCAU